GUGUUCUUGGUGUAAUCGGCAUCGGCUAUGUCAUAUAUUGGGAUUAUAUGAGACAAAACGACCGAGAAUUUCGAAAGAAAUGGAAGCGUGAAAAAAAGAGAGCAGAAAAACUUAGACAAGAAGCAGCCGAGGUCGCCAAAGAUCGAACAACUGCUUUCGUUAAAAAGGCCGUUGAUGAGGUCUCUAAAGAAAACUUCCCUACUGAUGUCGCUGCUAAAGAAAAAUACUUUAUGGACCAAGUGUCCAACGGUGAAACUUUACUUGCUGAAGGUAAAGAACGUCAUUUGGACGCUGCUCUCUGCUUCUAUAAGGCUUUAAAGGUGUAUCCUAAUCCUGUUGAAUUGAUAAUGAUAUAUCAAAAAACCGUUCCUGAAGCAGUUGUUAACGUGAUUUACGAAAUGAUGAGUUUUGAGGUAAAGAAAAAAAAAGCAGAGUAUUUUGAAAAUUUUCCACCGAAAGAGAUGAAUGUUAGAGUAGGAGAGAUUAGCGAAAGCUCGUCUCUGGGUGAUAUUCGUCGCGGUCUUUUUGCUACAAAGGACUUUUGGCCCGGUGACGUCAUCUUUGAUGAACAACCUAUUGCCUCAGCGCUUGAUCCUGAUUUUGAGACUGGUGAUUAUUGUAGUUAUUGUCUCAAAGAACUUUCCGGUGACCCAAUCAGCGAUGAUACUGAUCUAUUUGAAGCAGUCUAUUGUUCAAAAACAUGUCAUGAAAAAGCUAUGAGUGAAUAUGCUACGCUUCUUUUCACUAAUCGUGAUAAAAACGACACAGAAAGUAAGGAAUCUCAACUUGUACAUUUGGUAAAAUCUGGAAAUGUUAAAUAUCCGUUGAUGAUCGCUCGAUUUUUGGCUAAAAUGGUUCAUGAGGAAACACAAAAAGUAAUCACGGGUGAAGAAGAAGAAUAUAGUACUUGGGACCAUAUUGAACGAUUACGGUUUUUAAAUGUACCAUCUAAUGACAGAGAGACUAAUGAGAUUAAAUUGUUAAGAGAAUUAUUUGCUGCAAAAGUUCCUGGGAUGGAAGAGUUCAUAUCUGAAGAAAGGUAUUUAAUGCUUAAAGGCAAGCUUAUGUAUAAUUCAUUUGGUAUCAGUACCACGCGUGAAAUAAGAAAAGAAAGAGAAAAUAGUAAAGAAAUGGUUCGCACAAGCGAACCAUUAGUGAUUGGUGCCGGUUUUUAUCGUGUCGCUUCCUAUAUGGUCCACUCAUGUGAUCCAAAUACUAUGAUAAAAUUUCCAAAUCGAAAUCAUGUCAUAUCAAUUGUUGCUACUAAGCAAAUUAAGGCUGGUGAAGAAUUAAGGACUAGUUACAUUAGUGUUGGUCAUAGAAAUUUAGAGAGUCGACGUAAUGAAUUGGAAUCAAAAUGGAAGUUCCGCUGUACUUGUGCCAAAUGUUUAUCGGAAGAAUCAACUACAGAACAAUCUUUUAUAGAAGAAAAAAAUAGGUUGAAAAAGUGA